AUGUCAAAUCCUAAUACUCUUCGUCUUUCAUUUGAAACACAGCCUAGUGAGGAAGAUCAUGAAUAUGAAAAGGCCCAUCUUGCCACCAUUCUUGAUAGAUACAAGGAUCGGUUAACGACGUUUCCAAAAGAGAAAGGUUGGGUGAGUGAACACCUAUACAUGUAUCAAGGCUUUUGGCACCUUUCCAAGGGAGUAUUCUCAUUUGAAACGAUGAUGGCUUUGCAAGAAGCUUUUGAAGCUCAUCCAACCGAUAUCUACUUAGCCACACUUCCGAAAUCCGGCACGACAUGGAUGAAGGCACUCAUGUUCGCUUUGGUGAAUCGAACCAGGCACGAAAACCAUCGUCCAUCAACUCAUCCUUUACUCAUCUUCAACCCCCAUAAAUGUUUGCCUUUCGUCGAGCCCGAAAUCUAUAGAAAAACACCUACGUAUGUCGAUGCACAUCGGCCACGUCUUUUUGCUACUCAUAUACCCUACACUCUGUUGCCUCGAUCCAUUAUUGAUUCCGGUUGUCGCCUAGUUUAUAUGUGUAGAAACCCUAAAGAUGUUUUGGUCUCGCUGUUUCACUUUACGAACAAGUUGAGAGACGAAUCUCGUGGUGUAAUGACGUUUGAGGAAGCGUUUCAAAUGUUUAGUAACGGUGUCAUGCCAUACGGACCUCACUGGGAUCACGUGAAGGGGUAUUACAACGCGGGUUUAGAACACCCGACAAGGAUUCUAUUUUUAACGUACGAGAACAUGGAAAAGGAUUCUGUGAAUAACGUGAAGCGCUUGGCGGAGUUCUUAGGCUGCGGUUUCACGGAGAAGGAAGAGGCCGAAGGUGCGGUGGAAGAAAUCGUGAAGAUGUGCGGCUUCGAAAAUUUACGGGAAGUUAAUAAGCACGGAGAUUUGCGUGAGGGUGUGCCUAAUCAUACGUUCUUUAGGGAAGGGAAAGUUGGAGACUGGAGCAACCAUCUCACAACUGAAAUGAGUAAUAUCUUGGAUCAAAUUGUGAAAGAAAAAUUCCAAGGUUUGGAUAUCUCAUUCUAAAAGUUUCGGCUAUCUGCCAUAAAAGUUUUAGAUUUAAGGCAAUCUAGUCAUUUUAACAGUUUUGUUCAGCCAUGUUGUUGUCGUACCAAACGUAGAACAGGCAAUUUAGUACUGUCCAGUCCGGUCUGCGUACCAAAUGCUAUCUCAAGGUUACAUCUUUGUAUUU